UGUUUCAGAAUGAUUUACAGAAGCCCUGGGAAGCAUGUAACCCACGUGUCUCUUUCUCUUCCUGCCUCUUCUCUUUCCAUUUCGGACCACAUCUACAAACUGAUGAAAAGUGACAGCUACACAUGCUUCCUGCGCUCCAACGUGUACCAGGACCUGCUGAUGGCAAAGAAGAAACCUGAAACGGAGCAGGGCCGACGCACCUCUCUGGAGAAGUUCACUCGCAGUGUGGGCAAGUCGCUGACGGGCAAACGGCUGACGGGCCUCAUGCAGUCAUCCUGACCAGGCUUGGAUGAAGAGUAGGAGGAACCGUACCCAGAAGAGCUGCUUGCCCCUGGGGAGCAGCUGGAAAAAGACCCUGGGGUGUUUGGGUGUGGCUUUGGGAGGCGGAUGAUGGCGCCAAAACGAGCCCAGACUGCCACCAUGUUUGAAACUCACCUCAGAUCUGUUGAAGAGGACUGACAGCAUGCAAUAAGUCACCAGACCUGACACCAGGACAGUGCUGUCACAGUGUAGAGGAAAAAACAAUCUUCUUAGGAGCUUUCUACUCAAAAGCCUGCACCACGCCAGGCUUUGUUGUCACUCUUUGUUUUUCUGUACUAUCUACACACAUGUUGCUAUAUGGUGGCUGGAGAGGCUUUACUUUCAGUGAUAUAAACAUGGAAUGCAAAUGAGACUUAGAUUAAUGCUGUAGCUAGCUGUUUUAUCUCACGUCAUUCCCUAGGAUGAUAUAAGGGAAAGAGAGUGACGAAGUAUACAUAUCCGCACUCUCGAGCUGAACUUCUGCUCAUUCCACACAUUGAUGUUCAAACAGGUGGAGUAGGCAAAUUAGCUUUUUGAUCACUGUCCUUAUGUGGGAUGGCACAAGAUUGAAAACGUGGUUUAGUCGGUUACAAUGUGUGUUUACAUGUCCUUCAAACUAAUGCCUGUUUUCAUGCUCAUUACAGACAAAAACUACAGAACUUUAUAUUAUUUCCUGUAAACACCUUGACCUGCUCUGGUACAGUAGGUUGUUCCUGGAAAGCAACCUAUUUUCGUUUCACAGCUAUGACACACACAACAUAUUCUAUAUCUAUUUCUUAGGUUAUUUAACAUAUCUACAACAAUUCUACUUUCAUGUGUUAUCACUGCCACUGUCAUUUUGAACGAGAAUGUCUUCAAAGCAUUGUACAAACCACGCUGAACAAACAGAGGUGUGAUCUUGUUUUCAUCACAAGGUAAGAGCAGGUUGAUCAUAUUAUAAAAACAUAGUGUGUAACUUUUAAAUGAGCACGCUGAUAGGCUUUAAUCUUCUGAACAUUCCACUUUAGGCGGCCACAACAAGGUUUAUAGUGGACUGACCUCCAACCAUCCUCACCUAAUGUAAAGAGGACCAUGAUAAUAAAUGAGGAAUGCACAAUGAAGCUGGUCUGUUAUUUCAUGUUUUUCCAUUUAAUUCCUCCAGGAGCCUCAAAGGAAUCACGAAAAGGAGCAAAUAGUCGACUUUUGAACUGUGAUCCAUCUGACAGGUACUUCUCUCUUCUUGUAGUCAUAUAGCGCCCUCUUGUGCAUCCCAGAAGUCAAUACAGGAACAUUUAUUUUAGU